AUGGAUCUAAAUGGACCAAAUGGCAAUAUACACUAUUGCAGAAUUCAUUAUCAGCAUGAUGAAGUGCGCCUUAUUGACUACGCACGUUUAUGUGAACAUUUGUCUUCGCGAAAAAUAGUUCUUCUUCAAUUAUUUUGCACUAUUUUACGUCAUCUAAAUCAACGAUAUUUGCUUUUAAAGGAAGAAGCAACAACACGAAAUACAUCACCUGAAUAUACUUAUAGAGAAAUAAAAGUUUAUCCUGAUAAUGAUAUUGUUACAGAAUAUUCUCAAAGCAUUGCUAAAUUAGCAGAAGCGACCUUGGUCGAUAUAAUUGAUUUAUUUCAUGUUUUACCAAAAUUUAUUCCAAAAAGUAGUGAAUCAAAUUUUAACAAUAAUGAAAAUCAACUAAGUCAUCAACCAGAUAAAAUUCAUUAUACAAUUAAAGGGUGGAGUCUUUUUCUACAUCGUCAUAUCUGUUCAUUUGAAAUGUUAUCAACACCAAGUUUAGAGCAACUUGUUAAUGAUGUUAGUCGAUAUGUUGAUUCGUAUCUCCGAUCAUCAAUCUUUAAGUGUCCAUUACUACCAAAAGACAAAAGAAUGAUAACUGGAUCUGAAUUACCAAACGAAAAUAAAAAGAAUAUUUCAAUUAGAGAAUUAAAAAUUCAAACGAAACAAUACUCAUCAUUAGAGGUCACCGUACCUAUAUCGAUAAAACAAGCUGAAUAUAUGUUAACCAAGCUUAAAUUCUUCGAUCGAUUGAAAAAAAUUUAUCCACAAUUAGCUGAAGUUGUAACUAAUUACUAUUUACAUCACUAUUUUGAUAAACAAAAUGAUUUUCAAUUAACAUCAGAUAUUGGUGCAUUACAUAUGUCAACACUUCUAUCGCAUUAUAGUUUCAAGACUGAUACAAAAAAUGCACUUGGUGACGGUAUGUCAAUGUCUUUAUUACGAUCAGAAAAGGAUAUUAUGCCAUUAUGUGUGAUAGAAUUGAUUAUCUUUAGUACUACCAUGAUUUUAAUGUCAUUUUCUAAACAACGAACCGAUAUAAAUUUUGAACGAACUGAUAUUAAAUCACGUUUUAAUUGGAUUAAUCGUGCUGCUAUACAUUAUUUAAAUAAAACAGCUUUUUGGAAUUUAGCACAAUACAAUGAUUUUGUUUUACUCUAUUCAGCAAUGGCUCUUGAUAACAGUGAACAUUUACAUUUUCGUCAUACAGAAUAUUAUGCUUUAGCAUGUUCAUAUCUAUCAAUGGCUAUACUAAAUCUAGGACAAUACAAUCUUUCAAGUCAAAUGUUAAAUAAGAGUAUUGAUUUAGUACAACUGUCAACAAAUGCACAUAAUUUAAUUGAUAUGGCUCGAGCUGAUAUACAAGUUGUACUUCAAUGCCGACGAAAUGAAUGCGAUAGAGCAUUAAUUACAGCUAAAACAUUUUCGAAUUAUUCACAAGUUGAAUAUGAAAUACGCCGAGCAAUAUGUUUACAUAAUUUAAAUGAACUUGAUGAUAGUCAACGAGAUCCAAUAGAAUUACAAAAAUUAUUAAAUCUAGAAAAACUUUUAUUAUUAUUAACUGAAAAUUGUGCAAAGAAAAAUGAUCUUGUACUAAGUCUUGGAUUUCUUGAAGAAUGUAAACAACUAUGUGUUAAAUAUAAUCUUCAACAUUAUUCGAUUCUUUGUCGUUUAUAUGAAGUACAAUUAAACAAAGUAUAG